AUGCGGGCUGCAACAGAAGAUGACUUUAUGAAUCUGAGGCAGAACAAUCUCACUGUCACGGAGUAUGCUAGGCAAUUUGACCGUCUGGCAAAGUUUGCACAAGAGAUCGUACCAACCGAGGCCCUUCGGGUCAAAAGGUUUUUGAAGGGGAUGAACCCCAUGAUAAAAAAAGAUGUGAAAAUCAUGGUGGGAACCAACACAGUUUAUGCUGAGGUGUUAGAGAAAGCUCUCGAAGCUGAGUUGCUCGAAAAUGAUAUAAAGAAGGAGAAUGCUGCUAAGUGGGAAGCUCGAAGAAACAAUGGAGGAAAUCAAGAGAAUAAGAGAAAACGCGAGGGAAAUCACGGUAAUGAUCGUGAUAAAAAGGGGAAAGCAGUGGUCCAAAAUAACAACAAUGGGGUGAAAAGCCGGGCCAUCGAAGAAAAAUUGCCCAAAGGGACAAAAGAAGGAGAACCAAGCGCUCCCGCUCGAGUGUUUGCUCUCACCAGAGGAGAAGCGGCCACAAGCAACACUUGUUGUCUCGGAGUCGGAGUUUACAUUUACGGAUUGCCUUGUAAUGUUCUCUUUGAUUCUGGAGCUACUCAUUCUUAUAUAGCUACUAGGUUGAUUGAUAGUAUAGAUAAGCCAUGUGACCUACUUAGAUGUGGUAUUGUGACGGAAUUACCCUCGGGAGAAACCAUGCUAUCAACAAGAAGAAUGCGAGAUGUACCUAUCAUAAUCGAAAGCAAAGAACUCAUGGGCGACCUAAUAGAGCUGGGAAUAAAGGAAUAUGAUGUUAUACUUGGGAUGGAUUGGCUAUCUAGUCACGGUGCGACAAUCAAUUGCCGAAAGAAACUGAUCGUUUUUGAAACAAAGGCUGGGGAUCGGUUUAUAUUCAAGGGCGACAAGCUAGCCCUUAGGACUCCAUUGAUCUCUUCCACGAAAGCUAGUCAGCUAAUGAAGGCGGGAUGCAUGGCAUUCUUGGCCAGCGUAGUGGAUCGAGCAAUAGAGACGCAACUAAAUGUGGAGAACGUGCACAUAGUCUGUGAAUUUCCAGAGGUCUUUCCAGAAGAUCUACCGGGACUACCUCCGGACGAGAGGUGGAGUUCAUCAUCGAAUUAG